AAAAUAGCCGUUAACGAAUAUCGGAGAAAUGGGUCAGCAGCUGUCUCGGUGUUGGACGUGUUCUGGAUGUAACGAAGCUGCUUUUGCGGGUUUAACUUUAUAACGGGGGUUUAAAGAAGAGGAGAGGAAAUGUUUGGCUGAGCCGUGGAACCGAGUAUCCCCCUGCUGGGUUCGGGAGACCCGAAAACCGACGAACCGACACUGUGUGGGCGACCCGACCGGCUGCAGCCGAACGGAGGAACGGGGACAGGACGGGCUGAAGCGGGAGCCGGAAUUUUUCUCCGUCUGUGGACCCCUGAAAUUCUUCCACACAAAUAUACAAACCGCUGCAGCCUGCAAGCAAACCCACAUGAGGCAUGUGAGCUGUGACUCUUUUAUCACAGAUCUGCUUUACCCAGAGUAGAAGUCAACAAGACCCAGUUUGACAAUGUCUAGCCGCCGGAAAUCGACCACGCCUUGCAUGGUGCUGCCCUCUGAUGUGGUGGAGCAGGAGGAGGUGGAGGACAAAACGGAAAGGGCACCCGAGGAAGAGGCUGAGGAGGAGGCGAAGAUGAACAAAGGAGUGGACGAGAGCCCGAUUACAGAGGAGCUCGGCCAGUCAGUCGUUGUUGUUCCCGCCCCACCAGAUACAGAUGAGCCAAUCAUCGCCACUGUGGAAGACAGCGAAGUUCUCUGUCCAUCAUUGAAACGCAGUGCAACAAACCCACCAGAAGAUCUCUGCUUCGAGCAGCUAACCCAGGAGCUGCAGUCCGACAUGCCGGAGGAGGGAGGAGCAGACGCCGCAUUGGCUGCCGCCAUUUCUCUCAGCAAGACCCCAAUCAUGAGGAUGAAGAACAAAUCUGAACCAAAGAGAAUAGCUGUGUCCCUGAAAUCAGCAGACGAGGGAGUUAAUGCUUUUGGAGGAGGUGGUGAGGGAGAAGUGGGAGAGCAGCAACCUAUCGAGGCUCCUUUGGGUCCUCUGACCCCCGUGGAGAUGCUGCUGCAUGAUUCCUUGAAGCUUGGAGGCGGCGGUUUGCUGCUCAGCCAGCCGCCGUCGGAGCAGCAGAGGAAAACAUCCAUAUUAAACCCCACAGUCCUGCCCGCCGGCCUGGCACAGGUAGGGACAUCACAGCGCUUUAGCAAAGUCCUUUUUAGGAGCAUGGUGUGGUUUUCAGCUCAGCGGCUGAAGCACGGUGUCAGCUGGACCCCCGAGGAGGUCGAGGAGGCCCGGAGGAAACAGUUUAACGGCACCGUGCACACGGUGCCUCAGACCAUCACGGUCAUCCCAGCUCACCAACUCUCAGCAGCUGCUAAUGGCCUGCAGUCCAUUCUGCAGACCUGCCAGAUCGUCGGUCAGCCCGGUCUGGUGUUCACACAGAUCGGCCCUGGAGGGAACCUUCCAGUGACCAGUCCAAUCACGCUGACCGUCGCGGGGCUGCCGAGCCAGUCGCAGAGCUCCGGCAGAGUUUCCUGCCAGUCCAUCCUGACAAACAGUGAGCUGAAACGAGCCACAACUGUGCAGCCGCCGUCUCUGUCUCCACAGGAGAACUCGGCCCUCAGCGCUGACACAUUCAAUAUGCGGCCUAAGAAGUCCAAAGAGCAGCUGGCAGAGCUGAAAGCCAGUUACCUGAAAAACCACUUUGUCAGCGAUGCUGAAAUCGCCCGAUUGAUGAAGGUCACCAACCUGACGAAGGGCGAAAUCAAGAAAUGGUUCAGUGACACCAGAUACAACCAGCGCAACUCGAAGAACAGCCACGUCAUCAUUUUCCACGAUGCAGGGAGCAGAGGAGGCGGCAGUAACAGUAACAAUACCACCAUAGUUAUUGAUUCCAGCGACGAGACUCCCGCGUCCCCACGGACGCCCCCCGUGAAGGAGAAGGAGACUCGGCCUAAGACGUGGAAUCCAUUCCCAGACUUUACCCUGCAGAAGUUUAAGGAAAAAACACCAGAGCAGCUGGUGGUGUUGGAGGAGAGUUUUGAGAAAAGCGUCACCCCAUCGGACGAAGAACUGGGCCGACUGAGGAUGGAGACGAAGCUGACCCGGAGGGAGAUUGACGCCUGGUUCACAGAGAGACGAAAGAUGCAGUCUGUCAGUAUCUCCUCGCCUAAUUCUGCUGAGGGAGGAAAGAUGGAUAUGGAAGGUGAGGGUGGAGGACCAGGAGCCGACUCGUCUCCUCCUUCUGCCUUCUCAUCCCGAAAAGGCAGCCAGACUCCUCCCAGUGGUCGCAGCAAGCAGUGUCCCAUGAACAGUAACACCAACAAAGACGCAAAAGAUAAAAAAAAGACUCCAGAGCAGCUCCAUAUUCUGAAAAGUGCCUUUGUGCGCACCCAGUGGCCAACGCCAGAGGAGUAUGACCAGCUGGCAGACGAAAGCGGCCUUCCCCGAUCCUACAUCGUCAGCUGGUUUGGAGACUCUCGGUAUUCCUGGAAAAAUGGUAAUUUGAAAUGGUUCUACCAGUACCAAAGCGGGAUCGUGGAGGGGCCAAACGGCGGAGGUAGUGGUAAAAUGGGAAACGGCAGCAACAGCGGUCGGAAGAGACGUGCGCGGAAUCGCGGCUGGGGCCGGUCCCGAACCAGGAAGCAGCCCAGGAGGUCGGCCUCCUUCAGUGCCGAUGACGACCAACCCCACCCUGCCAAGAAAUUCAAGACCGGAAAGGAGAUUCUGAAGGAGUACUACCUGAAACACAGCUUCCUCAACGAGCAGGAUUUGGACGAGCUCGUCACCAAGACCAACAUGAGCUACGAGCAGGUGAGGGAGUGGUUUGCUGAAGUUCAGCGACGGUUGGACAUGGGAGCAGAUCCUUUCCAGGAGCCCACUGCCAGGAAGACCACUGGAGAGGAAGGAGGAGAGGAGACACCAGGAGGCACCUCGGCCACUCAGGAGCAGAACGCCGCCGGGAUGGAGGACGAGGAUGACGAAGAUGAAGAUGAGGAGGAUGAGGGUGAAGAAUCUGAUGACAGUGAGGUUUGGGAGCCGUCGCGCAGCGUCAGGAAGUCCUUGUCAGUUUCUGAGGAUUAAUGAUUGUUGGAAACCCAUUGUCCGCUCAGCUCGGCGAAACUUUCUGGAAUGUUCGGAGAAUAAUCCUGAUAAUCAGUGCUGGAAGUUCCCUAAACUUAAGUCCUUUUUGCUGUUGUUUGCUAUGGAUAUUUGUAACAUUAAUUCACUGUGUGUUUUGGAAUAACUCUGAAUCUUGUGAGACUAACAAGCGGACGGUCUGCUGUCAUCGAUAUUUAUUUUAGUGGUGGUGUCACGUGACCAUUGAGGUGAGUCUUUGGCAAUCCUUGAAAAUGUUACGUAGUAAACCAAAUUGAAACAAAACUGCCAAAAAAAAAAAAAAUCUAAAUAUUUGUUUGUUUCAAAGCGAUACCACAAAGUGCACUCCAGACGAGUAGAGGAUUAAACUGAUUUUCUUAAAAAAGUUAAUUUAAAAAAAGAUUUUUCCAAAUAAUCCCUACUUUU